AUGAUCGGCAUUCUGUAUUUCUUAGCUCUGCUGAGCUCCACAGUGGCCCGGGGGCAUGUUGGCCUGUGGACUGAGGGGAAUGGAAGGAAUGGGACCAAUGGUGGUAAUGGGAACAAGUGUACUUGUGAUGCCUUCUUACCUACCUCCACCUUCCCUAUAAAAGACAUGGUGCUGGUAGAGCAGACUGCUGUGGAGAUCUCCAACAGACUGGAGCUGGAGAUGGGAAAGCUGGAAAGCUAUGAGACCAAGCUGACAUCAUAUGCAGAGAGGAUUGUAAACUUGACAGUGGAAAUUGAGAGGAUGGAGAAGAACCCUGGUUCAUACAACAACGCCCACACAGAGGAUGUGAAGAUUGAGAUUAAACAGGUGGAGGCUCUGAUUGUAGAGCUCCAGUCUUCCAUUCAGGGCUCCACCACUGUCUUUGAGUCUCUUCACGAACAGAUCGCUGCCAUGGUGGAGACCCUGACCAGGCUGGAGAAGACCUACGAUAAGAAUGUGGUUCUGGCAACCCGCCGUGAGUACAUCAAGGUCCAGCUGCAGCUAGAGGAGUGCGAGAGACGCCACCAGGAGCUCUUCAACCCCAAUAUUGGGUCCUGCGCACACACAGGCAUAAUCAAGAUCAGCAAGCCUAUUGUGAGCCAGCUGAAUGCACAUCUCAGUACGAGCUAUAAAUUUGGAGGUUGGGGGAAAGACUCCAAGCCUAUUCCUGAUAGAGAGUCCAUGUACUGGUACUCUGCCUAUAGUAGUGCCGCCAUUCAUGACAUUAGAUUUUACACCAACUACAAGAAUCUCAUUUUGAGAAAUCACUACCAGCAUCACACUUUAGCCAGUGGCUGGCGAGGCACAGGGAACAAUUUCAUAGUUCGUGACAAUACUCUGUAUUAUCAGAUUAACAACCCAUUUGGCAUGGCCAAACUGAAUUUCACCACAAUGAAAUAUGACCAGAGGGUGGUUACCAAGGCUAGUGCCAGAUUCUCCUACGCAUACUCAUCCAAUCAGAACUUUGACUUUGCUGCUGAUGAGACCGGGCUGUGGGUGAUUUAUGCUACGGAGGAGUCCGGCGGCCGAAUGGUCAUCGCUAAAAUCAAUGAGCCUUCCUUUGGAAUAGAGGAGGAGUGGCAGACAAGUGUGUACAAACCAGGAGUGAGCAACGCCUUCAUGGUGUGUGGGGUUUUCUAUGCUGUCAGGACCAUUGAUAUCCAAGGGGAUGAAAUAUUUUACAAGUUUGACACCAAAACUAAACAAGAGAGCUUUAUCAGUGUUCCCUUUGAGAGGUUCCAGGAUAACUAUUACAACCUGGACUACAAUCCCACUGACCAGAAGCUCUAUAUGUACAAUGAUGGCUACUAUGUUAACUAUCAUCUGUGGUUUAACCACACAGCUAAAGCCAUUGAGGAAUCACCAGCCCUCUCGACCUGA